AUGGUGGCGCAGGAAGACAGAAAACACCAGAGACCCGUAACAAGAAGGGUCAGGUCUUUUUCCGAGUCCUUCAAAUGUCUUUUCAAAUCACCUCAUUCAAGAGGUUUAAGUCCUAUUAACGUCACCAGACUUCCUUAUCGCUCAUCGUCAACUUCCCCCAAGAGAAGUUCUGAGCCAGCAAGGCGAUCAACGAUAUCCGCACAGUCAGGUCCAAAAAACUCUCCUAUACGGCAGCGUACUUAUACAUUGAAGUGCCGCUCCCCGGGUUUGCCAACCGCAUUUAAACGAACUAGAAGUGGUGCUAAUAAAAGCCCAACCAGGCAACAGUCUGUAUCCAGCAAAGAAGGAGAAAUACUUAACGCUCCACCAAGAAAUCCCGGAUCAAUUUCGAAUGGUUUGCACGGCACCCAAAGAACACGUUCAAGAAGUUCAUCCAUUUCGUCAUGCGGCAGUUCAAAUGGAACGACGAGUUCAUCAGACAGCCAAUGGGCAAUGGAUUCUUUGUUAGACAACUCAGAUAACGACGUUACGCCGUACCGUGGUUCAAAGAAAGACACUAUUCGGAGUAAAGACAGGGCUUCUAGUACUUUCAUAGAUAAUUGCGAUAGGGAAGCUUUGCGCAGGGCUACGUCAUAUCCAAAUCCCUUACCCUCGAAGCAACUUUUUCCCAAAGGCCUGUACACCAGAAAAUCACAUCCAGAUGAAGAGAGUUUAGAAAGCUUGCCUAGAUUUGUGGGGGCAGACGUAGAAUGUGUUAUUGAGCAAGAUGGAUUCAAAGUUUACGAAGAUGGAAGCCAUGAACAUAAUAUAAAAUUAUCAGGACUGAUUGCGAAAUUAGAGAAAAACGACUCCUUGCCGCUUCACCGUCAAGGAUCAUUAUCUAGACCAAAAUUGGGUCUUACACUUUCCGGCUUAUUCAAACAUCAUAAAGACGAAUGCGACAUUGAAAACGCGUUGUCUCUUUUGCCUGAAGAAAGCCACACGAAGGAAAGUACUGAGAGCAAAUUCGCCGAUAACAAUGAUAACUUGCCGAUGCAGAAUGGGGAAGAUUAUUUGAAAGUUGUUAAUCCUGAUGCAUCCCUGGGGAAUGAUGAACUGAAGUUGAUCAAUUCAUUAUCAAACAAAAUUCACAGAAGUUUAGAAAAUUAUUUACAAGAGAAAAAUUUAAAGCCGGAAAAGUGUACCAGUGGAGAAGCCUCUACUUUUCAAGAAAAGUACGGUCAUCCUGUUGGACUAGUGGGCGCAGGAGCUUACGGUGAAGUGAAACUGUGCGCCAGAUCCAGAACUGCCAAAGAUUUUCCCACAUUUGAAACGUACCAUGAUGAUAAAUAUAUAUAUUAUGCUGUGAAAGAACUAAAACCAAAAGUAGGCAGCGACCCAGAAAAAUUCUGUACGAAGAUUACCUCUGAAUUUAUUAUUGGUCAUUCAUUGAGCCACUAUCAUAAAAAUGGCAAAAAGCCUGCCCCCAAUAUUUUAAACGUAUUUGACAUCCUGGAGGACAGUACUUCUUUCAUUGAAGUCAUGGAGUUUUGCCCCGCAGGUGAUCUUUAUAGUAUGCUAGUCGGUAAAUCGAAGUUAAAAGGCAGAUUACAUCCAUUAGAGGCAGAUUGUUUCAUGAAGCAAUUACUUCACGGCGUAAAAUUCAUGCAUGAUCAUGGUGUCGCCCACUGUGAUUUGAAACCUGAAAACCUCCUUUUCUAUCCACAUGGUCUAUUGAAAAUAUGCGAUUUUGGCACGAGUUCCGUGUUCCAGACCGCUUGGGAAAGGAAAGUACACACGCAAAGAGGUAUCAUUGGAUCAGAGCCAUACGUGGCUCCGGAAGAAUUUGUUGAUGGCGAGUAUUACGAUCCAAGAUUGAUUGACUGUUGGAGCUGUGGUGUUGUUUAUGUAACAAUGAUAUUCGGACAUUACCUUUGGAAAGUAGCCUCUGUAGAGAGAGAUAUAUCUUACGAUGCUUUCUAUAAGGAAAUGAAGCGCACAAAACAGUUCAAGACAUUUGAAGAAUUGAAGCAUGUGAACCUAGAUUUAGCCUCAGCUAGAAAAAUCGCAUUGUAUCAUAUAUUUCAAUGGGAGCCUAAAAGGAGAAUUUCUGUUGAUGGGCUUUUAGCCAUGCCGUGGAUGGAACAUACAAAGUGCUGCCUAAUAUAUGAUUCUACAUGA